AUGGCUUGGCACCAGUCAACACCGAGCUCAGGCGGACGCGCCGCGACCCCAACCGUCUUCGAGCAGCAACGGGAGGAAUUAGUUCGGGAAAUUGCUGUGGGUAUGGAGCAGGUUCUCCAGAAUAUCAACCGUCUGAAUCGGAAUCUGGAGAGUGUUAUUGCUGUCGGGAAUGAAUUCGGGUCUGUGGAAGCUCUAUGGUCUCAAUUUGAGAAUUUCAUGGGACGGCCAGAGGAGGAGGGUGAGGAGGGGGGCGAUGGCAAUAACAACAAUAAUGGAAAGAGGAAAGUCAGUGGGGAGAGCGAUGUAAUGGUCAAGUCGGAGAUCAAACAGGAGCCCCAAGAGGGUGAGUCGACUAUCAUGCAAUGA